AUGAAUAAUUAUGAAAAAGUUCAUAAAAUUAUUGAGGAAGAAAAUCUUAUCGAAUUAAAAGAUUUAAAGAUAACAUUAAGUGAAAUUUCAAAUUUAUCGCAAUCCAAUAGGCAAAAUAACUUAUUUGAAUAUAAUAAAUCAAAAUUAUGCAAAAAAUGUAAUUUAUAUAUUUUCUAUUUAAUUAAUUUUAAAAAUUCUUCCAAAGAAAAUCGUAAGAGCUUACUUCCAUUAUUAAUUGAUUUACGUAAUAAGGAAAUUGAAGAUAAUAUAUUGGUAUCAAUCUCUACUAUAUUAUAUUACUACCAAAAUAAAAAUAUACUAAAAUGUCAUGAAAGUUACUAUUCUUUAAGUAUUGGUAACAUUGCUUGGCCAAUUGGAAUCACUAACGUUGGUAUUCAUGAACGUAACAUUAAGAAUAGUAAAAAAAGUAAUAUAAUGGUUAAUGAGGUAAGACGGUUAUGGAUGAGCAGUCUGAAGAGCUUAUUAAACUAA